AUGCUCUCCGACUCCAAGGCUUCGAUUGCUGCUACAUCGCCUCCGCAAUCGUCAGCAGCAGCUACUCCCAAUCAGACCAUGCCAGAGGGCUGGGAGGACAACGCCGACUACUCACAAAUCACCGCCUUCUCGCAACUUCCCCACCGUUUCUUCGGCACCAAUCAACACAUUAAGAUCAAUGAAGACUUCAAAGAAGCCAUGCGCCAAAUCUUAUGGCAAUUCCGCGCCCCAAUCCGAUACGCUUUCGCAUACGGUAGUGGUGUCUUCACCCAGUCCACCAACCAGUCAGCAGCUAGCGUCGCCCAAUCCUUCUCUCCUCACCCUCACCCACCCGAGGCCGUCACAAAAUGGCAAGAAGGAGGCGGCAAGAUUAUCGACUUUAUUUUUGGUGUCUCUCACACAGAACAUUGGCAUUCUACCAACAUGCGCCAGAACCCUCAUCACUACAGUUUCUUGAAGAGCUUGGGUUCUUGGACAGUCUCGAAAGUACAGGAUAGCAUUGGUGCUGGAGUCUACUUCAACCCUUACAUCACCGUCAAUGGUGUCAUGAUCAAAUACGGCGUGGUCAACAUCAACACCAUCUGCCAAGAUCUUAGUGAAUGGAACACCUUAUACAUGGCUGGUAGGCUUCAAAAGCCCGUCAAGAUCCUCAGAGACGACCCGAGGGUCAGACUCGCAAAUCAGAUCAACCUUAUGUCUGCAGUCCGCACUGCUUUGCUGAUGUUGCCUGAGAAUUUCACUGAAAGACAACUCUACACAACUAUCGCUGGAAUUUCUUACAUGGGUGACCCUAGGAUGAACCCUAGAUUCGGAAGUGAGAACCCUCGCAAGGUUUCCAACAUUGUCGAUGCACAGCUGCCUAGCUUCCGUCAACUCUAUGUUCCUCUCAUCGAGAAUCUGCCCAACGUGAAUUUCAACGACUCAAGGGUCCCUGUAGAGCACGGUUGGGAGACUGAAGCCGCUAUCGCCAAUGCUCUCUCGUCUUCUGGACGAGCGAUCCCGGCCGAGGAUGUCAUCGGUGGUUUGGAAGGGUUCAAGUUGCAGCAAGACAUGGACCCCAAACGCCGAGGAAACAUGGUUCGCCGUCUUCCUAAGAGUUUCCGCCAANAACUGUACUGGAACUACCAAAAGAAGUUCCAGAUUCCUGGCUCAGCAUUCGACAAAGUCAUUGAGGAAGCCACAGACGAAGAUGCUAUGAGCAUCAGACGUCGUGAAGGCGGUGACUUUGAACGUCGCAUUGGCACUCAGGACGACAUUCCAGAAGCUGUUGGUGAUUGUAUCAAAAAGACAAUCAGCUGGCCGAGUACCAGUCAGUCCCUGAAAGGAAUUCUCACUGGCGGGCCGACUCGUUCUUGGAAGUAUCUCCAGGAGAAGCGCCAAAAGGCANAGCUAGGCAAGGCCGAAAAGGACGGAGACAAAGCGUCCAACAAGAAAGAAGAAUAA